UAUAUAAACAAGUCGACCAGCGAUCAGAAUCAGAAACAGCCUAAACGAUCGUGGACAUAGACCUAUAUUAAUACAAACAGUGCAGGAUUUUACUCUCUUACAAACAACAACAGACUUUAUCAAUAACGUAAAACAUGCUGCUGAAAGACGAGAAAGUCAACAUGUACAGUCUCCCAAUGGUGGCCGCUCUACAGACUGGCCGAGCGGUGAUUAUCGAUUUCAUGACCGACCGCCAACUCACACAAACAUAUUGCAUGAUACAGGAAGCUGCACAGAACAGCGAGGGAUACGGAAUGGACGAAUUUGAUUCCGAAAAAGACUUCCGAAGGGAGAUUGAUGGUAGUGACUGCUUCGCUAUCAUGUGUAAAGAAAGUGGGGACAUGAUUGCUGCAUUCAUUAUUGCAGUCAGCAAAUUUUAUCGGGGUCCCUCGGGUGUCGCCGAUCCAUUUGUGAUUGUAAAGAGAUCCGAACGUCAACAGAGACUUGGAGAAUUUGCUCUGCGUACAGCCAUCGACUUCUCGUGUCGACUUGGGUACGUGGCCAUGUACGUUGAUACAUUUUCAAAUAAUGUUGCCAUCCAAAGAAUUGUUGAGAAGAUUGGAGGGUUCAGUCGUGUCGGCUUCCUCCCUAUGGGCGGUCGUCUUAACAAUGGCGAGAUGGUCGGGUCGUUCAUAUACUACAGGGAUCUGACCGUAAGCCUCGUUAACCUCACGUGAUCUGCUUGCACUCGCCUUACCAAACAAGCCAAGGGUUGAUCACAACCGAUCAGCUAAAAGAAGCAAGUGGCCGGUUCGAACUGGUGUCAACCAAAAUAUGACACCACAUCGACACUGCCAUAGUGCCUUUAUGGAUCGACAAGCAAAACACCAACAAUGACGCUUCUGCAGCUCAUAUGUACAUGCUUGAACUUUCAUUUGCGAAUUGCGUCAUCAUCGUGCCGUGAAAGCUUGUCAUCUCUAAACCGAACCAAGUGCGGGAAUCACAGGGACCAAUACCAGAACUCUCUGUCCUAAGAACGAACUGGAUUUUAUCGAACCAAUGUGACAUGCACAUGAAAUGCACGUGCAACGUGCUACAGAGACAAAGAUACGAAUGCUAAUUUAAAGAGUGAUAUUUCAAUCUAUAUUUAAAGACGAUUAAUGUUAUUUUUCAAAUGGUGCCAUUCAGUCAAAGUUAUUUUUUGUAAAGCGUAUUUAUGAUGGAAACAUGCAUUCAUUUUGAUUAUUAUACAUAUGUUAAAUUUAUUGUUAUUGAAUAUUAAAUCAAUAAAAACAAA